AAAAGUGACAGUUGAUUGAAUUGAUAAAUAAAGAAAUAUUUAUAGUUUCUUUAGAACUUUUACAAAAUAUUUCAAUGGAAUGUGGGUAAAAUAUCAAUGAAUUUGAAGUUACUUCGCUAAAAUCAUGUUAAUAAUCAAGAAAAUACCAAGAUUAACUUACCUGUUGUUGCUUCUCGUGGUUUUCGGAUUUUUGGCUAUAUUGUAUCAAUCACAAAUCGCAAAAAUUCAAGAAAAAAUUCAUGCUAUCGAGAAGCACCAGGAGCAUAUCGAUGCUUCGUUAAGAGAGAAACCUCUCUUAAAAGUAGAAGAUUUAAUUCUAAUAUACAAUCGAGUACCCAAGACUGGCUCGACCAGUUUCGUAGGAGUAGCUUACGAUCUAUGUAAAAAGAACAAAUUCCACGUACUGCACGUCAAUAUUUCGGCAAACAGCCAUACAAUUACAUUAGACAAUCAGCUCAAGUUUGUACAGAACGUGACCAAUUGGAAUAGCAUGAAACCCGCCCUAUAUCACGGACAUUUUGCCUUUAUAGAUUUCUCAAAAUUCGGGGCGCCCAAACCGUUGUUUAUCAAUCUCAUUCGUCGUCCGUUAGAUAGGUUCAUAUCUUACUAUUACUUUCUCAGAUACGGGGACAAUUUUAGACCGUAUCUUGUGAGGAAAAAGCACGGUAAUACAAUGACAUUCGAUGAGUGCGUCAUGCAACAAGUACCCGAGUGUGAUCCGAACAACAUGUGGCUGCAGAUCCCGUUCUUUUGCGGCCAUGCGGCGAACUGUCGGAAACCGGGUAACAAGUGGGCAUUAAAUGAAGCCAAGAAGAACCUUAUAACGAAUUACUUCCUAGUAGGGGUCACCGAGGAACUGGAGGAUUUCGUGCAAAUACUGGAACAGUCCCUUCCGGGGAUCUUCGAAGGCGCUACGGAUCACUUUCGGCGCAGCAACAAAUCCCAUUUGAGGCGAACGGUGCAAAAAGAUGCUCCUAAAAACGCGACGUUGGAGAAGAUCAGGAGCAGCCAAGUGUGGCAGAUGGAAAACGAAUUCUACGAGUUCGCUCUCGAACAGUUUCAUUUCGUUAAGAAGAUUUUUAGCAAGAAUAAAGGGCAGGUAGUUAUGUACGAGAAGAUCCGACCGAAGCCAGCUUGAAAUUAAUUUGGUGAUUUUGAAGUGGCAGGCAAAGUUGCCGGGUCGAGUGAAAGUCACUAGAUUUGGUGAUUUUUGAAGUGAUUUAUGAUAGCUCGCUAAUAAUUUCUGAUCUAUCUGGUUUUCUGCAAUUUAUUUAUUUUUUAACGAAUAUCUCUUAAGGCUGUUUAAUCAAAUGUAUCGUUAAAAAGACUUAUGUGAUAACUACAAAAUUCGGAAAACACGGAUCGGAGAAAUACCCUUAGUAUCUAUGAAAUUAUAUAACACAUUGACAUAAAAAAAAACUCUUAAUAUAAUAUUGUGAAAAGUAACCUAAAAUAUUUAUUUAUAUCUUUGUGUCGACAUUUUUUUUUAUAAUUGUACAUGAUUUGUAAAUAAUAAAAAGCAUAUAAAACGUUCACAUAUGAUUUAAAUAAAUACAAUUUGGAAGUUAUACAGGGUGCGGCAGAGAACUUACUUUUUUGAAAGGUUGAUAGAAACCACUAACUCUUGAUUAAUUAAAUAGAAAUUAAUAAUUUUUAUCAUCCCAUAAAAACAUGAGGUAAAAGAAGGACAUAUAUAACAAAGGCUUCUAACUCAACCACCAUAUUCUCUUAAAAAUAUGUAUAACUUGUACUCAGGAGUACUCAGGUGUAAUUUUUUUAAUAAUAAAUCAUAAACACGUUUCUUGUCGAGAUGUCUCACAAAAAGCAAUUUCUUUUAUGGAUUCGUCUUCUAACUGGCAAUUACUUUGUAGUCUAGGAAUAUUGUCGAUUUUCAAAAAAAGAACUUCUACCCAAACGAACGUUUCAGGGAUGGUAGGGGGUGGGUGGGUGAUCAUAAAACCGAAGAUAUCACACAUUCACCCCUCUGGCAUUUUGCGCUAUAGGGGUUGAAAGUGCGCCAUUGGCGAUUACUUGGUACCUAUUGAUUUUACAAAAAAAUGUUUCAAAUAAAAGAUAUGCAACAUUAUUCGAUCUACAAUGUUUAUCUAAAGAUUUUUUUUAA